AUGGAAGAAGAGCAAGGACAUGCGGGCCCCCUGCUAACUUGCAUCACUCACGGCUGUACUACUCCGAUGCCCGAGACAUUCAUGGCAUCUGAAACUCCGAGGCAGGCCGUCUCUCCAGAACAAUCCGUGGCUGCUGAUCAGCUACGAAAGUCAGAGACGCGUGAACUACAGAGCAGUUCAGUAGCCGCGGUGAAACGAAGCAAGUCAACGCCUGCUGUCUUGACUAGUAUGGUGUCGACGAAACUCUCCACGACAUUUGGUAAUCCCACUGUCAUCCGUCGCUCGCACCUUCGUUCGCCGCUUAACAUAACACCCGUGCAUUUCCCAGCUUCCUCGCCAGGCCCAAGCAGACCAAGUGAGAGCCCUAACGACAGCUCAAAUCCAUCGAUAUCUCCCAUAAGUAGUGUAUCUCCGUUGGACACACGGUCGACACCUCCCACUUCCGAGGACCCUUCACGGGUUUCCAAACAAGCCCUGGGCGGUUCAGCCAAAGCUUCACCAUGUACUUCUCUCCCACCUCAAUCGGCAGAAGAAGCUUCCAGCUCGACCGAAGUGUCAGGAACAUCGCCGUCGAUUGUGACAGUCGAAGCUGCUGCCAAUGCCAAGGUUUUCUUCGAGACCUACUUUAACUCCGUAUUUUGCGGAACGAAUCCUCGCUCACAGCGUCGUCAGGAGUUGGAACAAUAUAUGUAUGGAUUGCCACUGAGCCCCGAAGAACGAGCUCGCAUCUGGGCAAACUGGAUCACCCAGGAGCACCAUUACCUCCGCCAAUGUCGCAUCCUCAAGAGUCGAUCCCAUGGUGGCGGUAACCAUGAUACGACUGUGUCCCUAGCUGGGUUUGAGGUCAUCAAAGUGCUUGGCCGGGGCAGCUUUGGGGUCGUACGCCUCAUUAUGACUGGCGUGAAGAAGGAUGUCUUCGCGAUGAAAGUCAUUCGCAAGUCGGCGAUGAUUCGCAACAGCCAGGAAGGUCACUUGCGAGCCGAAAGAGACUUCCUGGUGGCAUCGGCCAAGUCUCGCUGGGUUGUACCCUUGAUCGCUAGUUUCCAGGAUCGAGAUCACCUUUACCUCAUCAUGGACUAUAUGGUGGGCGGUGAUUUUCUUGGCCUGCUGAUGCGUCGGAACGUCUUGCCCGAGGCAAUUGCGCGAUGGUACAUUGCUGAGAUGAUCCUCUGCAUUGAAGAGGCUCAUCGACUGUGCUGGAUCCAUCGUGAUGUCAAGCCGGACAACUUUCUCAUCUCAGCCUCUGGUCACCUGAAGAUCUCGGACUUUGGUCUGGCCUUUGAUGGACACUGGGCACACGAUCAGGUCUACUACAAUGAUCACCGCCACACUCUCCUCAAGCGGCUUGGGAUCCGGGUAGAUGGUGAUGCCCUCGAUCAGACCGAGGCGAAACGCAUCGCGGAGUCUCCCAGUGUGCUGGAUCCAGAACCGGUCAAUGACUCCGAGUGGACACCCCCCACUGCUGGCCUCUUGGGAUGGCGCGACCGAACCCAGAAACGGCGGUUAGCUGGGAGCAUUGUAGGAACGAACCAGUAUAUGGCGCCUGAAGUGGUUCGCGGAGAGCUGUACGACGGGCGAUGCGACUGGUGGAGUAUUGGCAUUAUCCUGUACGAGUGCUUGUAUGGCUUCACUCCUUUUGCUUCGGAUGAUCGCCAGAAGACGAAGUUGAAAAUUCAUCAUCAUCUCCAGACCCUACAUUUUCCGAACCGGCCACCCGAUAAACUCAUCUCCGCUGAAGCAAUCGACCUGAUAAACCAACUUCUCCAGGAGAAGGAACACCGCCUGUCCUCCAGCAAAGACAUUAAGAACCAUCCUUUUUUUAGUUGUAUCAACUGGAAUGAAAUCCACCAGUCAAUGCCCCCGUUCAUCCCCAAAGUCAAAGGCUGGGAGGACACCCGGUACUUCGAUGACGCGGGAUAUGAGCAUGGUCACGACGAGGUCUCUGCGGCCUCAGACGCAGAGCAUGCUGAACGCUCCAGCGAAGCAGAUGAGCGAGGUGAGUGCCACCAGGAUAGGGGAGAGCCACCCCAAUAUCAGGAGAUCGAUAGCCUGCUGAGUCCCGCAAGCAAACUGCCGCCGAAGAACCGCCGCAAGGGGAGAGAUAAGAAGCGACCCCGGGACAAGUUGCUGCGAGACCGCAAACUACGCAUGACGGUCCUGGAGAUGCGCAAGAGGGGUGCAUUCCUGGGAUAUACCUAUCGCCGACCCCAUGCCGUUGCGAUGGCAUUGGCCCCGGAUCGCGGACGAGGACUGCUGGCACGAGGCCAUCUAUCGGACUUGUACGGAUAG